AUGUGGACUACGACGGCUGCUAACAUCAGGGAAGCGGCAAGAGAGGUGCUAGGGGUCUCAAAGGGUUACUCUGGCAGACACAAAGAGGACUGGUGGUGGAACGGAGAGGUACAAGGUAAAGUGGAAGCUAAGAAAGCAGCAUAUCUAAAGCUAGUAGAGAGCACAGACGAGGAAGAGAAGAGGACUAACAGGGAACUAUAUAAGAAGGCGAGGAAGGAGGUGAAGUUAGCGGUUACGGCGGCUAAGACGGCUGCUUUUGGACGCUUGUUGGUGAAGCAGUAUAGGGAUAAGAAGACUGACUUGCAAAUGGUGUUUGUUGACCUUGAGAAGGCUUACGACAAAGUCCUAAGAGAGGUGCUGUGGAGAUGUCUGGAAGCUAGAGGUGUUCCUGUAGCAUACAUUAGAGCGAUUAAAGACAUGUAUGAUGGAGCCAAGACCCGGGUGAGGACGGUUGGAGGUGACUUGGAACACUUUCCAGUCACGAUGGGCCUGCACCAGGGGUCCGCGCUUAGACCGUUUCUAUUUGCUGUGGCAAUGGAUGCUCUGACAAGCAACAUUCAAGGAGAGGUUCCAUAG